UAGCUCGGCACAGCGUCCCUUCCACGGGUGUGGGCAGGGGGGGGACCGGCGGCCCUGCCCUUGUUCUGAGGAUGCUGCUUUCCAAACCUGAAGACGGCCUGGAGGCCAGGACAUCAGCUACUCCGCAGACGGCCUGGCCGCGGGAGCCCGUGACCUUUGAGGAUGUGGUGGUGACCUUCAGCCCAGACCAGUGGGCCAGCCUGGAGCCAGCACAGAGGGCAUUGUACCGGAAAGUGAUGCUGGAGAACUACGCCCACGUGGCCACCCUAGCAGCAUCUCCAGCCCACAAACCUGCGCUCAUCCUCUGGCUGGAGCGGGGCAAGGCUCCCUGGGGCACUGAGGAACCGGAAGGCGGCCGGCCUGUUCCCGGGUUCUGGGCCGGGAAGGAGGAGCCGGACCUGAAGCCAGAGCCCCCGGGAAGCGGAAGCAGCGUCCCGGGCCUGGGCUCAGAGGGCCAGGCCACGGGGCUGACGUCGAGCCAGGAUCGGAACCCGAACCUGAUCCUGCGCGGCGGGAUGAAGUUCUACGCGUGCAAAGAGUGCGGGAAGCUCUUCCGGUACAACUCCAAACUGCUGCGGCACCAGGCGAGCCACAGCGGUGUGAAGCCCUUCGCCUGCGACGCGGAGCUGGCUGCCGUCACCCACACUGCCCUUCCGAUGAACGGCCGCCCAGGUGAGGCCACGCAGCUAGGACCGGACGGCGUGUACCCUGGCAGGAGCAGCGGCCAGGCUGAGAUCCGCAGGGAAACCUCGGGGUCCCAAGGGGCACACGAGUGA